UAUUCUAUUUAUCUUGCGCAAGCUGUCAAUGUCAAUAAAUUGAGGUUAAAUCACAUCUUUUUGUUGAUAAAUAUUGUUGCAGAUUAUUAUUAAUAAAUUUGCAAUGUCUAAUCAGAAUAAUGCAAGUGGUUUAACAAACACCGAAGAUGACGAAUUGACUUUACCUCGGGCUAGCAUUAAUAAAAUGAUAAAGGAGUUGGUCCCAUCAGUUCGAGUUGCAAACGAAGCUAGAGAAUUAAUCCUCAACUGUUGUACGGAAUUUAUCCACUUGCUCAGCUCUGAAGCGAAUGAAAUAUGUAAUAGAUUAGACAAGAAAACUAUAAAUGCAGAACACGUGUUGAUGGCUUUAGAAAAGUUAGGUUUUGGUGAUUACCAAACAGAAGCUGAAGCUGUUCUUAAGGAUUGUAAGGCAGUUGCAGCUAAACGCAGGAGACAAAGCACUAGGUUAGAAAAUUUGGGAAUUCCAGAAGAGGAGUUGUUAAGGCAACAACAGGAGUUGUUUGCGAAGGCUAGACAAGAGCAGGCUUUUGUAGAACAACAGCAAUGGGAGCAACUGCAAGCUGCGGCACAAGCUCAAGCUUCUGCUUUACCAAACAAUGAUGAUGAUUAUGAAUGAUUAAUUGAAAGUUAAAAUAAAUGUAUUGUUACUGUUUUUAUGUAUUAUUUUAUAAUAUAUUUGAUUUAGGCUUUGUAUAAUCAAUAAUCGUGCUCUGGAAUAAACGCUUGAAAUUUGAA